AGAGAGAGAGAGAGAGAGAGAGAGAGAGAGAGAGAGAGAGAGAGAGAGAGAGAGAGAGAGAGAGAGAGAGAGAGAGAGAGGACAUAACACACACAUAACACACACAUAACACACAUAACACACACAUAACACAUAACACACACACACACACACACACACACACACACACACACACAGAGAGAGAGAGAAGAAGAAGAAGAAGAGGAAGAAGGAGAAGAUGGAGCCUGAUCCAAGCAUAGAAGGAGCGUCGGUGAUUAGAGUUGUGUUGCUGCCUGUCGGCAAUAUCUCUGCUGCAACAUUCCGGGAAUACUCCACUCUUGUCGUCCGAUGUCGUCGGGUCGAUCUGACGGCGGCGAAGUCGUUUUACACGGAACAUCAGAAGAGUCCGUUUGCUCAUCAACCUUGGGAUGGGGGGUAUCUGAAUUUCAAAUUCAUACUAGGAGGGGCUGCGAAAAGUCCCUGGGAGGAUUUCCAAGCCCAUCGACGAAUUCACGGGGUCAUCGGAAUAUGCCACUGUCCUCAUUCUCCUAAUGUGAUCGAAGUCUACGACGACUUCUUGCAGGCGGCGAAAGCAUUCCCAGGGGCAAAGUCAAAAAGGUGCUUUGCAUUUGAUCCUACAGAUGAGCAUGUUGCGCAAGACGACAAGAAGAGGCAGCAUCUUGUCAUGUUUCCGCCGGGUAAUCGGCAGCUUCUAGAAUUCCAUAUGCAGACGAUGAUGCAGGAUUUUGCUGCGUCGUUGCUGAUGGCAUUUGAGAGCUUUGUCCUGCAUGCCGACCCUGUGGGUGUGACUGUCACAACUCCAUUGGACUCGCAAUCAUUCCUGAGCUCAGAGGAGGUCAGCAAGGCAAAAAAGAGGAGGCUGGGAAGGGUGCAGAAGACAAUUGGAGACUAUUGCCUACUAGCUGGAUCUCCUGUGGAUGCCCAUGCACAUUAUACUACUGCAAUAGAGCUCUCAAGACUCACCAGUGACUCCUUCUGGUUGGCUGGCGCACUCGAAGGAAUAGUGUGUGCUGCUGUGGUGGAUGUUGAGAAUAGCAGGGACUCUUCUCUUGAAGAUGAAGUGAAGAAUCGUUUCCAGGAGAUAAUCAAUCUCUAUAGGAGGCUGGGAACUGUGUCAUUUGAGGUGGAGGCUAUGUUAAAGGUGGCUCGCUUUCUUUGCGGGUCAGUUGAAUUGCGGGAAACACCCAAGGAAGUCACUGAUUUGCUGAUGCUGGCUGUGGGCAUAGGGAGGGGUCUCACGGAUCCCUGUGAUAAGCUGGUACUCAAUGUGGAAGUGGCACGUAUCUUUGGAUUACUGGGGUUUGAGCGCAAGGCUGCCUUCUUCUCGCGCCAGGUGGCCCAGCUUUAUCAACAGCAAGACAGUAGAUGGGCAGCCAUGAGUGCACUUCAGGUGUUGAUGAUUGCUGCACCUCUUUAUAGGGUUCCUAUACAAAGUGCCCUGAAGCAGCAACAACAUGGUUUGCUUGCGCUUACGGAGAGUGUGGUCGCUCUUUCACGAGACCAGGAGCAGAGGAGGAAUGAGAGGAAAGAAGGCGGCAUGCAGAUCACCAAGAGAAGUAGCUCAGGGGUAUCGCAUGCCGUGCGAGGAGUGUUGCCGAUGGAGGGGCAGUGGAACACCCUGCAGAUGGAAUUGCUGGGCGACAUGCUGGCAGCUGCUAUACGGGCACAGGACCCCAUAGCUGCCUGGAGUGCGGCGGCAAGGUUGUUGAGAGGACACUACAGCUCCAUCCUGCCAAAUGGGCAGCUUGUCCUCUCUGCAAAGCUUGUGGCCGCAGCCGAGCGGAUGCCGACAGGAAGCCGAUGUCUUGAUCCUGCCCUGCCGAUUGUCAAUCUGCACAGCUUUGUUGAGGCGGCCUCAGUGCUGCAGAUUGUCAAGCGGUUCUCAGGACGGAAAGAAUGGUGGGUUGACAGUGGCCAACCCACAACUCCUUUUAUUUACUCUCCUUUUGCUUCUCAGGGAGGGGGUUCAGGAAGAGUAGGCAAUAAUAAGGUCCCACAGAUUGUUUGGGUGAGUGGCGAAGUGAGCCAGGUGGUGGUUGAGCUUAGGAAUCCCUGUUCAUUUGAGGUUGUGGUCGAUAGUCUGUUUCUCAGUGUUGAGGGUGGUUCUUACGAUCCAUUCCCAGUUGCGCUAAGCUUGCCAGCGAAUACAGCUGGACAUCUUGUCACCUUAUCGGGCGUACCCCGAUCUGUGGGGCCAGUCAAUGUGAGAGGAUGUUUUGUGCGAAGCUUUGGCGUACUUACCGAACAUUUGUUCAACAACGCUGUGGACGUAUUGGGUCGUAGCAAGGUGGGAGGCUCUGCAAUCGUACGGUCUGGGGGUCGCCAAAGACUGGGGUCACAUGUUACUGUCGUACCACAUUUGCCGCUACUUGUUGCGACUGUCGCCGGAGGAGAGGGAGCAGGAGUGCUGUAUGAGGGCGAGAUAAGGGAUGUGCAGCUCAGUCUUACGAACGUCGGUGCAGCAGCAGUGGAUGAGGUACACAUGUCUCUCUCUGGAAGAAAUCGGGAGCAGGUCCUUUCCAUAGGGCAGGACGUUUUGCAGUCAAGCUUGCCCCUGUUGCCAGGAAGCUGUGUGUUGGUGCCUAUACGCCUUCGCGCUGGCAAAGCAACCAUGGAAGCAAAAGGAAGCGACGGACCAGCAACCCUCAGCCGGCCCAGCACUGCACGAGCUGGCGUGAGCAAUCAGAAAGCAGGGAGCACCGUUUUGACAAUUCACUAUGCUGGGAAGGGGCGGGCGGAAGGCUCUGCAGGGGUUGGAAACGUGAGCACAGAGGCUCUGCCACCAGGGCGUCGGCUGACAAUCCCUUUACAACUGCAUGUGCUGCAGGGGCUCACACUUGUCCGUGCCCGACUUCUUCCGAUGGAUGUGCGCCCUAGGUCGGCAAACUUCAUCGUGGCAAUGCCUGGCCGGAGAGGAGCAGCAGCAACAGGACAUGCAAGCAAGGGUGCCGGAGGCGAACUGGAGAGGUACCCUGGUCCUGGGCCUGGACUGAGGCUGAUGGAGUUGGAAUUGUUCAACACAACAGAUGUACUUUUUGAAGUGAGUGUGAUGAUUCGGCAGCAGGAAGCACACACACGAGUGCUUCCCGAUGGUGAAUGCGAGGAAGACCCGGUGGGAACACCAAGAAUGGUGUUGUAUAGGUGUCAUGUUUCAGAAUCUCCAGUCACAGCGUACCCUGCAACCCGCAUUGACAGGGAUUGCUCAGCAAGGUUGUUGAUACCGAUUCAACGGUUUAGAUUGCGGCCAAGUGCAGGAGGAAACACACCUAGAAAUGCAAGGGAUAAUCUGACACCGAGCAUCCAAGGGCAGCAAAGAGUAAGAGGAUCAAGCAGCACAGGAAUGGCAGACCCAGUGAGCUCAAGGUCGUUGGCCGAGCUGGAUGCCACAGUUGAUUCGCUGGCCUCGCAGAUAUGCGUCCGUUGGCAGUCUGGACGAAAUAGUACUGGCGAGCUGUCUAUAAGGGACGCGAUCCGUCAAGCGCUUGAACCCCCAGCGUUUGAUCUGCUCUUUCCGGAUCCGGUCACAUUUACAUUUGUUGUUGGGAGGUCAGUCACUCAGCUUCCUCAGCCAGUGUCUUCUCCAUCUGCUCGAGUGUGUGAUAACACGCCCUCAGGUCAUGGUAACGGAAGGCCUAAGCUUCAGAUCUCUGGAUCGACUCUGCGGUUGGCAUCACUACGAUCUCCUGGCUCCUCCCCGAUGGAAUCGCCAUCAGCAGUAAGCAAAUUUGCAUCGCCGGCUGCCAGCUCCCCGGUAACAGCGGUCGUAGCAUAUCGUGCCGCGGAUGAGGGAGAAGCAUCACCUCGGUCUGCAAAUGCACAGGGAGGAGAUCUUGUCGACCAGAAACUGCCUGGAGAGAGUUCCGAGUUCCUUUGCAUGAAAGCCACGGUUCGGGAGCUGACGCCAAUCGUGCUGAUAGUGCGAAAUAAUAGUCCACAGCUGCAGAAAAUGGCAGUAACGAUCUCUUGUCAGGAUGUUGCAGGCUCCAAUUGUCUGGGUUCGGAGGCGUCAAAGGCAACAGUCCUAUGGGCAGGUACCUUGACAGGUGCAGAGCUGGUCGUGGGUCCAUGGAGCGAAUGCAUGCACAAAUUUGCUCUCUACUUCCUGGUGCCGGGAAGCUACACGUUGAUUGGGUCAUGCUUCAUGUUGAGUGACACAUGGCAGAAAGCCAUAGCUGACCAGAGUGAUGGCGGUGCUAGGUUCAGGACUGGCAUCCCAGAGGUCAGCAGUCCGCCGCUUUCGAUCAUCAAGGGGCUGCAGCACAUUGUUGGAGAACCGUUCAAGAUACGGGUUGUGUGACCCUUGAUCUCUGAAGUGGGUGGCGAACAGUUUCGCAGCUGUCAAAUUGGGAGUCAGCAGUCGGUUCUUAACUUCAUGAGUGACAGGAGGACAGGUCCGUGCUGCCGAGGGCUUUGUCUUAGGGUUUGAUGCUCUGCUCUUUGCUGUCGAAGUAGGAACAGGGGUCGGACGUGGUUAUGGCAGGUGGUGGUACCGUUUGGUGCGCACGAGUUCUUUUUUCUUUUUUUUCACAUAAAGGGUCAGCCCAUAACAUUAUUGUUUUAAUUCGAUUCCGUUCAGAUUCGCAGAUUCGAACUCGUAAUCUGUUUUACGGACAGAUACAUGUGUAUACCAUUCAGCCACCUGGGUUCUCGACAGGAAGGUACGCGGAAUUCUGCAGACUGCCGAAGAUUACAAUGGAUAUGUCUUGACUCUUGAUGUUUCCACACAGUUGCUCAGUUGUGGAAACUCAGACAGAGUCGGAGUGAGUGUGCACCCGCCUUUUCUGUCAGAGUACUUCAUUAGAUGCGCUUGUUACAGUAGUCUCAGGAAGAGGGGCAUGCAGAUGUGCUUUGCUGUUAAAGAUUUUAUCACCCCUCUUAUGGGGCUGCAAACACAUGGGUUGCGCCUGUCCAUUCCGUCAGUACUUUGGUAGUAGCACUCGUUAAGCCACCGAGCAAGGUCCACCGGUUGGUGUGCCAGCCUUUCGUGGACGUAUGCGCCUGCCUGCACACUGUUAACUUCAAAUGGUUUCAAGAGGCGCGCAGAGGGCGAAAAAGGAAGGGUCCCUAGAGUCGUAAGACAGGCGGUUUGAGAAGAGGAGGGGCGUGCAUGCAUCAUUGGCUGUGGCUGUUGAAGAUUUUCUCCCCUUGUCUGGGGUUGUCGCAGUUUUCACAUGGGCUGCAGCUAGCAAAGACUCUGAUUCGAAGAGUUCUUAAUCGCAGAAAGAAGAGGCUGGAUUGGCCAUUAGCAGCAGGUCUUCUCGCAUGUCAUUGCUGCUUGGUUCUGCUUCACUGGUUCAGGGUCAAGGUUGCCUUUUAUUAUUUGUAUUUCUCUUUUUGUUGAGGUUUGUCUUUUCAUUGUUUUCAAUAUGCACCACUUUGGCUGUUCUGCAUUCAAGGCACUGCCAACGAUU